CCUCAAACCUGCCUCUAAAUUCUCCCUCCCACGUCUGAAAGUUCACGCCUUUCUCCUCCGUCACCGCCAGUUCUCAUGUCAUCUAGAGUUCAAUCGCUCUCCCAUUUCUCUUUGGUCGAGAGUAAUUUCACGAUCGAUUCUUCUUCGUUCGCCUUCCCAACUUACUGAUUUCUUCGUCUCCGCUAUCGUCUAGAAUUGAAUGAUCCGUCUUCCGAGCCUCUCGCGUUUCACGCUCACCACCUGUUCGACGACUUGCCUCAGAGACAUUAGCAUUGUUUCCGAGAGUCGCGUAGCGUUACGUGCAGCUUCUUGAUACGUUGCGACGGUGACGUGGCCGCCGAUCCGCCUCCGUCCCGGCUCGCGGCGAUCGACCCUCGAUCCGAAACCAUGGCCGCCGCGUCCCCCGCCGCCACCGGCCCGCCAAACCCGCCGCCGCCGGGGCUGAUCAUCUCGGCCACCGAGCACAUCCGCGGUUUCCUCUCGUCGGCGUCCCGAGACCCGAGCCUCUCGGGGCAGCUCCGGGACCUGGCCUCCGAUCUCUCCUCGCCAGCCGAUUUGCCUUACAAGUCGCUCCGGGAAAUCUGGUUCGCGUCUCGCCCGGAGACCCGGCCGGGUUGGGCCCGCCUGCUCUCCGGGUCGCACUUCGUCUUCACUAGCCCCAAGCCCAGAGAGAAGAGUGAAGAGUUGAAGGUGAGAUUGAGGAAGCUUUCCGAGAUGGCAGAAAAGAAAGCGUACGAGGAGCUCGUGAAAGACAUUACCCCCAAGAAAGACACCAAUGAGCCCUUCUCUUCCUACAAAGAUCAACUUGGGUUUGGCUUACAUGUUGUGGUUACGAUGUUUACUGGAUAUUUGCUCGGAUAUUUUGCAUUCAGAGCGUUAUUCGGCCACAGCCCUGUAAUGAAUGCUGCUGGUGGAAUUCUUGGAUUGGUAUGUGGAAUGCUCUUGGAGACCCUUCUUUUCAUAAUUAGGACUUCAAAUCAGGAUUUGAGACCUCCAUCUUCUGCUUCAAGGACAAAAAAGAAUCAAUGAGAUUUGCUUCGUCAAGCCAAAUAGGUUAGCCAUCUAAUUGAUUCCUCUUGCUGAUGCUUGUCAUGUGGAUGCGAAGCAAGCGCUCAUACCAGUAGGGCUCCAUAUGGCUCCUCAUAUGCAAGUACACUGAGAGCUUGGUGGAUUGCAUCUUCAUGAUUGAAGUGCUCUGUGGCACAUAACCAAAUUGGGUCCUUGGCUUAAGGUUCACCUUUCCUUCUCGAGCUUCCAAAGCAUCUGAAAGCCAAAGCCUCUUCAAGCUUAAAGCAUGCUUCCUUGUACUGAAGUCAGAUUCCAUGGGAGAGGUUGUUGCGCAGUAGUCUUCUGAUCUUCAAAUUGACUAGGAGCUAAGAUGAACUGUAGUUAGUUGCUGAAUGCUGAAUAACACACUUCAUUAUUAUAUGGCCCUCGUGGUGAAAUAUUUUCUUAAUACUCUUGUCUAUAUGCUUA